CUCGAGCAGCUCCCGCUGUGCUCCCGGGCCCCGCGGUGGGGAGGGGAGAGGGGGCGGUCACGGCUCAGUCUGUCUCUGGGUUCAGGGCCCCCGGGGCCGGGGCUGAUGGCGGGGGAAGCGGCCGCGGACGGGGUUCGGGCGCCGCUGUCCGGGAGGUGCAGUUACUUCGUGGUGAAGAAGCGGCGAUAUUGCCGAAUGGUCACAGCCCGCGGGCACCGCCUCUGCGGGGAACACCGCACAGAGAGCGAAAAUCAGGGAAAGCGAAUCCGCUGUCCCCUCGAUCCCAAACACACAGUCGAUGAAGAUAAACUAGAAAAACAUCUGAAAAAAUGUAAUUCGAGGGAAAAACCCAAACCAGUUUACUAUAGACACAAUGUUAAUGGGGGUCCUGAAGAUGCUGAAGAGAAUUCCAAGCAACAGGUUCCACUUUGUGAUCUGUCCAAAGAAGAAAUAGAAAUAAUGAUCACAAAACUCCGAAAGGCAACGAGUGAAUAUUUACUGUUAUCUGCAGGUUUGAAUUCUACCAUCACAGACCGAACACUAACCCACACUGCACUAAGAGAAGCCUUGGAUGAUCCAAAGAAUGGAGAUUCUGCCUCUAAACAUCUUAAGCAGCAGGCUUCUCUCGUGGGUAACUUGGAACGGCUGGGUUUGCUUGGAUCAAACCGCUGCUUUGUGGAGUUUGGUGCUGGCCGGGGAAAGCUGUCCCACUGGGUAGCUCGGGCCUUACAAGGUGUCCCGAACGUUCACUUCCUCCUUGUGGAGAGAGCCAGCACUCGUUUCAAGGUCGACGGUAAACACCAAAAUCAGGGCUCCAUGUUUGGACGACUUCAGAUUGACAUACAACACUUGAGCCUAGAUAAGGUGCCUCUUCUAACAAGUGAGACGCUGCCUGUUGUUGGAAUUGGCAAACACCUGUGUGGAGCAGCUACAGAUCUUUCUCUGAGGUGCCUGGUAGAACGUUACAGAGUGAAAGAAGAUAAUGACACAGAACCAGCCACAAAGAGAUUGAAAGCGGAUCCAACAGAGACACAACAGCAGCAAAGGGACCCAGACAAGGAGGUGAACUCCUCGCCCACCUUAGGGAUUGCUGUUGCACUGUGUUGUCACCACAAGUGUGAGUGGAAGCACUAUGUGGGCAAAGAAUUCUUCUCUUCACAAGGUCUUGAUAGGGAAGAUUUUCAGAUUUUCCAACGAAUGUCAAGCUGGGCAACGUGUGAGAAGAGCUGCUCGUUGUCCCGAGCUGCCAGCGCAGAGCCUCCACAGGAGCACGGCUGGGGGGAGAGCUCACAGUGUGCUGCUGAAGUGUUAGAAAUGCUGACUGUGAGAGAAAGGGAAAGCCUGGGUUUACUUUGCAAGCGGUUGAUUGAUCAUGGAAGGAUUGAGUACCUGCAGCAGCGAGGAUUCAUGGCCACACUGCAGUAUUACACCAGCCCCUGCAUCUCGCCAGAAAAUGUCUUGUUAACAGCUGUACCACCACAAUCAAAAGAGAAUUUUUAAUUCAUUUAUUUCUAGAAUUCUUUAUCGUACGAUUUCCUUGAACAGAAAUGUACUUCAGGCAAAUAACCUUUUGCUGCAGUUGAUAGUCCACCUGCGGGUAGCGACGGGUGCUUAGAAUUUCUAUUCUUUGUUACAUUGAAUGAAAUGCAUUCCUCCAGCAAUUACCCAGCUGGUUCCUCAGUUGAUAACAAUUGUGAAGAAACUCUUGAGGAACAGUGAAUAAAUUCAGCUCUGCAGUUA